AUAAGGAUUACAAUCGGAAUGUGAUCGUCGCAUUUUGCGUCACGUAUAUACAGUUCGAUUUUGAUUAAAAUUAAUUUUGUAAAUAUAAAGUAUUUCCAUUAUAUUCCAUUAUUAUGGAUGAAGAUAUUCGUACUGUUUGGUGUGGAAAUUUAAGUGAGAAAGUAACAGAAGAAAUUCUAUAUGAAUUAUUUUUACAGGGUGGUCCCGUACAAAGAGUUAUUAUUCCUAAAGAUCGCGAUGGCAGGCAAAGAACUUAUGGAUUUAUAACUUAUAAACAUAUUAAUUCUGUAAAAUAUGCUUUAAGUCUGUUUGAUGGUACUAUACUAUUCAAUCGUCCUCUUAGUAUGAGCACCAAGAAAAACACAGAAUCGCCACAAAUUACAAAUACACAAGAUUCUAUGAGUAUUAAUCAUUUGCUUGAGCUAGGUCAACAAAUGUUGUUAGGAAAUAACAUAUUACAAUUACCAUUAAGCACAUUUAGAAUGAACAUGUUGCCAGGCACAGUUUCACAUACAAAAAAGAUAGAUAAUUAUAAAGAUGAUAGAAAGUCGCGGCGAGUACAUCCUUAUUAUAGAAAACAAACACAAAAUGAUAAUCACUAUACAAAUCAUAGGUCUAAAAAGAAUCAGGAUAAUCACAGAUCAAAUGACUAUUCUAGACGUGAUUAUAAAAAUAAUAGACGUAAUUAUCGUUAAUAUCUUUUCAAGCAUAAUAUAAAUAAGAGGCAUAACAAUAAUAACUUUUAUUAUUAUCAAUAUUUACUUUGUUGUUUAUUGCAACACAUAUAUAAUCAGUUCAUUAAAUUAAUGUGCAUUUAUGCCAUUCAAU